GGGGUUAUUUUUUGGGUGUUCUUUUAUUACUUUUACUAUUUCACAGCGGGAUGUUGGUGUUGGGAAGGGGAUGGAUUUGGCCUCAGCCCGCGACACGCUCCCGUAUCAUUCCUCCUCCCAAUACAAAGAGCUGACAGCUAAAGGGCUGCUCCCCACUCCCAGCUCUCUCCAUCCUUAUUCUCUCAAGUGUGAACGACAGCAAAGACAAAGGAGAGGAGGGAGAGACUCUCAUACAAAAGGAGGGGGAGAAAUCCCACCCCGUUCCCCUUCCGAACGUCCCACACACCGCAACCGAAAGCCGCCGCACGGCACAAAUCCACGGUGGUAUUUGGAAGGGAUGAGCCCACCCCCAUAAAGCUCCUUCAUCCCUCUCCUCUGAGUUUGCCAGGAGGAUUAACCCGGUCUUGUUCUCAAUCCUAGUUUAUGAGUUCCCCGCUGGUGGGGAAGAUCCCGUGUGUUUAAACAAACAGCCUAAUUAAUCCCGAUUUUAUUACUUUCUCUUGUCAAGUGACUAAAUGGGAGCUGUCAGCCGGCAGCCGCCGCCGCUCACAUUUGUUUAGAUCCCAAAUUACUUCAUCAGAACCAUCUGCUCCGAGCGAGGGGCAUUCGGUGCUUGUUUGUUUCUCUCUCUGGACACAGAGUGGGGCACAAACAGCAUCUGGAUGAGGGGGGACCGUCCCAAAGGGGUCCCAAGAGGAAAUCCUGAACAAGGAGAAUCCAGACACUGAGCAGCCCUAGAGAGGAAAAAAGGACCCCAAAAUCAGGUUCCUUGCUGGGUGCAGCUCCAUGGACCCCCCUCCUUCCUCCCUUGGCUUCCAGAGUCCCUUAAAUUGGGUGUUUUCACUCUGAAAAAGAGCAAGGGGGGAUUGAAAGGUGCCUACAAAGGUGACAGAGGAUCAAGGAUGUGUGGGGCAAUGGCUACAAGCUGCUUGUUCCUUGCUUAUAACCCUAACCUUAACCCCAUGGUUCUGUGAUCUUUAAGGACCCAUCCAACCCAACCCCAUCCCAUGGUUCUAUGGUCUGUAAGGACCCACUCAACUCAACCCCACCCCAUACGAUCUUUAAGAACCCAACCAACACAAUCCCACCCCAUAGUUCUCCCAUCCUGAAGGACCUUUCCAACCCAUCUUGAAGGACCUUUCCAACCCAUCUUGAAGGACCUUUCCAACCCAGCUUCAUCUUAAGACCAGAAAUCAAUGUCCAACCCCUGGCAGAGCAUCCCAGGGGGAGAGGGCAGAGCCCCCCAUCGCUGUGGGGUGCGAUCACAUGGGGUCCAAUUGGAAAGGGGGAAACAAACCGCCUCUAGUUCUCUACUGUCCAUCACAGUAACGCUCCUUAUUAUGGUAUGGGAAAGAGAAAAACCAAGUUAUAUCCCCUUUCCCUCACAAAUCCUAUCGGUGGGGGCAAAAUCCCACUUGAAAGGGCCAGAGGGGGAAAUCCAUCAAGCUGUUGACGUGACAGGUGUUAAUUAUUGACGGAGUUUCUUUGCAAGAGGUUUGCCUUUAUGUGACAGCUCCUCCAGCCCAAUCUGUCUCCCCAAUUCUUCCCUUCCCCCAGUGCUUUACCCCUCGGUUUUUGCUUUACAGGCUCUUCCAGACCAAGUGCAGCAGCUGCCUGAAGGCCAUCGCUCCAACUGAGCUCAUCAUGAGGGUGUUGGAGAACGUCUACCACGUCCAUUGCUUCUACUGCUGCGAGUGCGAGCGGCGUCUGCAGAGGGGGGAUGAGUUUGUUCUUAAGGAAGGGCAGUUGCUCUGUAAAAGUGACUAUGAAAAAGAGAAGGAGAUGCUGAGCGCCAUCAGCCCUGCACCCACCGAGUCCGUGAAGAGUGAGGAUGAGGAUGGUGGCCACUCACAGGGCAAAGGCAACGAGGACAGCAAAGACCACAAACGCUCCAAGCGCCCGCGGACCAUCCUCACCACGCAGCAGCGGAGGGCCUUCAAGGCAUCCUUUGAGGUCUCUUCCAAGCCCUGUAGGAAGGUGAGGGAGACCCUGGCGGCGGAGACGGGGCUGACAGUGCGGGUGGUGCAAGUGUGGUUUCAGAACCAAAGAGCAAAGAUGAAGAAAAUCGCCCGCAGGCAGCAACAACAGCAGCAACAACAGCAGCAGGAGCAGGAGCAGAUGGGGAACCCACGUCUGGGGUCCGGGAGGGGGACCGGGCGCAGCAGCAGGCAGAGCAAUGAUGACAGCGAAGAUGGUGGAAGCGUUCACGGCCUGGAUGGGUUGAUGGUUCCGUACCCCCGGCUCCCCCAGCAGCAGCUGCUGCCCCUGGAUCAGAAUGGCUACAGCACGGAUCUUUAUAGGCAGGGCCUCACCCCACCACAGCUGCCCGGAGACCACCUGCACCCCUAUGAUUCAGAAGGAGUUUUCCACGACAUGGACAGUGACAGCAUCAGCCACCUGGGGGAUUGCCUGCUGUCCACGGCCGAAGCCAACCUCCUGCAAGCCCGCGUGGGCAACCCCAUUGACCGACUGUACUCCAUGCAGAGCUCCUACUUCACCUCCUGACCUCCCCCAGGAUCUGGGACAGAUGCUGCUCUGGGUUCAGACACGAGACAUUCCUCCAGUGCUGCAGAAUGGAGGAGGCGGCGGAUCCACCCGACGCAGAAGCACUACACCUCAAUCUAAAAGACUUGGGGUUGCCUCUCUCCUUCCUUUCUAGCCACCUAGAUGGACGCUGUGAUGUUGUUUAGCUGUUCCUUUAGCAGUUUGUUCGGUGUUGAAGCACGAUGUCCUCCUAACACAAGACCGGCCAAGCCGAGCAGAGCGGCCCCAAGCAGCAAUGCAGGCUCUCCCCACACAAAACUCUUGUUUAUUCAAGUCCUGCUGCUCCAUUUUGCCUCAUUCCUCAUCCCAGAUGCUUCAUGGUGCAAGGUUAAUCUUCAAUGUGGUCUUGAAGCAUCCCCAACGGGCGCCCUUCUGCUCCAGGCCCUUCCAUCCCAUCCCAUUGGCUCUGUGAUCUUUAAGGACCCUUCAAAGCCAUCCCAUGGCUCUGUGAUCUUUAAGGACCCUUCCAACCCAUC